AAACCAGAAUUGUGUUGCACCUCAGACUGACGCCUGUUUCGAGAGAGAUUUUUGUUUCUUUAAUUUUAUCAGACAAAAACUUAAUUAUGACAUUUUUGUUUCAAUUGAAACUUUGACAUUUAACUGAUCUGGACAUGAACUGGAGAUUUAUGUGGCUAAAUAUUGGACUUGAUUUUUAAAUUAUGGAGUAUUUUAUUUGCUACAGCUGACUGAAGCUGCACUUUAGACAUUUUUUUCAAUGUUUUGGGGCUCAUAUUUUGAGUGUUUCAUAACUCAGAUUGGAAAUACUUGAGAUCUGUGUUGAACAGUGGAAAUGGGGACCUUGAUUUUAUCCCAGUUCAGGACUCAGAGAGGAGUUGGUUGGAUGCUUCUGCUCCUCUUGCUCUGCUGUUUUGGAGGGAAAUGUGAGCUCCAAGAAUCAAAACCUUCAACGACGACCGACUUCCCCACUAUCAAACCUUUCCACGAUGAAAUCAAUGAACCUCAGGCCUUCCCUGAGCAGGAGAGGGCCCACCUGCCUGUGUUUACUAUGAACUACCCUCGGAUUCAGGUCCCCUUUGAGUUCACUCUGUGGGUUCUGCUGGCCUCCUUUGCCAAAAUUGGUUUCCACAUUUACCACAAAAUCACCAUCUGGAUCCCAGAGUCCUGCCUCCUGAUCAGCAUCGGCCUCAUCGUCGGCGGCAUCAUGUACUCGGUCAAAGAGGAGCCCCCGGCCGUGUUCGACACCACCAUCUUCUUCCUCUACAUGCUCCCACCGAUCGUCCUGGACAAUGGCUACUUCAUGCCCACCAGGCCAUUCUUUGAAAACAUCGGCACGGUGCUGUGGUACGCCGUGGUGGGGACUCUGUGGAACAGCAUCGGCAUCGGGCUCUCUUUGUUCGCCAUCUGCCAGUUUGAGGUGUUUGGGAUUCAAGAUAUCAACCUGCAGGAGAACUUGCUGUUUGCCUCCAUCAUCUCGGCCGUGGACCCAGUGGCUGCUCUGAAUGUGUUUGAGGACAUUGGAGUUAAUGAGCAGAUAUAUAUAGUCAUAUUUGGAGAGGGACUCUUCAACGAUGCUGUCACUGUGGUACUUUACAGCAUGUUUGCCUUCUUGGCAGACAUGCCCCAGGUUGAUUCUGGCGACGUGUUUCUCGGAGUGGCCAGGUUCUUCGUGGUGGGGGUUGGCGGUAUCCUCUUCGGCUUCCUGUUUGGGUUUGUGGCUGCGUUCACCACGCGUUUCACCCACAACGUCCGACAGAUUGAGCCCCUCUUCGUCUUCAUGUACAGCUACCUGGCGUACCUGGUGGCCGAGCUGUUUGCCAUCUCCAGCGUCCUGGCGAUUAUAACAUGUGCCAUAACUAUGAAGUACUAUGUGGAGGAGAAUGUAUCUCAGAGAUCCUGCACCACCAUUCGCCAUGUUGUAAAGAUGCUGGCCACCAUCUCUGAGACCCUCAUCUUCUUCUUCCUGGGCGUCGUUACGAUAACGACUGACCAUGAGUGGAACUGGGCCUACAUCACGUUUACGCUGCUCUUUGCCUUCAUCUGGAGAGGACUCGGCAUCCUGGUGUUGACCCAGAUCAUCAACCCGUUCCGUACCAUCCAGUUCACCUUCAAGGACCAGUUCGGACUCUCCUACGGAGGCCUGCGAGGGGCCAUCUGCUUCGCCCUGGCCUUCACCUUGCCCAAUACGAUCAACAGAAGGAACCUGUUUGUCACGGCCUCAAUCGCCGUCAUUAUAUUCACUGUUUUCAUACAGGGCAUCAGCAUCCGUCCCAUACUAGAGUAUUUAAACAUCAGGAGGACCAACAAAGACCUGAACACCAUCAAUGUAGAGGUUCACACCAGGAUGAUGGAGCAUGUUGUUUCCGGUAUUGAGGACCUGUGUGGACAUUGGAGUCACUACUACUGGAAAGACAAGUUUAAGAAGUUCAACGAUCGUAUUUUGAGGCGGAUCCUGCUUCGAGACAACAGAGCCGAGUCCAGUAUCGUGUCUCUGUAUAAGAAACUGGAACUGCAGAAUGCCAUUGAGUUACUGGACACGCCUAUGGGAGACCUGAGUGCAGCACCAUCUAUUGUUUCUCUGCAUGAUGAGAAGAUGGAGGCGUCUCGACCGAAGAAGAAGUUCCUGGCUGCUGACGUGAGGAAAAUGCACGACAUCCUGUCAAAGAACAUGUACAAGAUCCGACAGAGGACUAUGGCGUACACCAACAAGUACACUCUGCCUGACGAGGGCCAAACCAGGGAGAUUCUGAUCCGCCGCCAUGCCAGCGUCAGGCGCAGCAUUCGUCCUGGAAGUUUCCGUGAUAUGUCUGCACAAAACAUCCCCAGGUCUCAGAAGUACUACUCCCUCCAACCUGGUGGAAAUCUGGAGUCGGCCUUUGCCCUCAGAAGACGAAGUCACGGUGGUGGUGAGGUGGACCGUCUUCGGUCCUCUGGUGUGUUGCCUCGCUCCUCAUCCCACUCUCUAGUUCCCAUGAGGAGGUUGAACACCAUCAAGGAGGCUGGAAGUGCAGGGGGGCAGCCGGCCACUUCUGCCCGCCCACGCUCCCCCCCUCCUGGAGUAGACAUUUUGGACGAAAUGGGCCCUGCAGGUUCCCGCUUCAGACCCAGGAAAGCACCACUUCCUGCACCCAGGAGACACAGUUCAAAUUGGGCAGAAGACGACGAAGACCCUGAUGAUGCUGAAUAUCCAAGCAGAGGGGUAGAACCGGUGCACCCUCCCCAGCUACCACCACCUCGUGGCUGGGCACCGGAGAACCAGGAUCCUAGAGAAGUUGGGGCAGGAAAUCCCCUUCUCAGACACUCAUCACAGGGUUCUCGAGGCUCGGGGAGAUCUGGAUCAUGAGCAGAGAGAAGGACUGAUGAGUGGAUGAGGUUUUACUGUAAACCUUUCUCUAAGAGGCAGAGCUACUCUGGAGGUCGAAUUGGUCUUUUUGGUUGAGGCUUGCCUCAAAGAAUCUUGAUAUUACCUGCCUGUUUUGAUAAGUGUGUUGGGUUUUUUUUAAAAUGCUCUUUUCUAGAUAAAAUUUUCCUUUGCCCAUUGCGGUUUAAUUCAACCACAUCCUGUCCUUUAUUCAGGUGAGUUGCAGGACAGCAGAUUAAGCGAGGGAAAAAGUGUCCACACACUGGAUUAUAGCUCCCAAAAACUUUUUUAAAUUGGGUUAUAAUCUAGUUUGUGGACACUACUUUUUCCUUAACCAAUUGCCUUAAUUCUGCCUCCAGUGAUUGUAGAAUAUUUAUGUUUGUGUGCAUUUCAGUGGUGCACACAAACAUAAACAAGUCAGGAAGGUUAAUAGCUUAAUUUAACUUUGUAAUAUUUAAAAUAAGCACACAUUAGAUUGUUUACUAGUAGUUAGUUUAUCAUUGGUGUGAUUUAAUGACUAAAUGAUGCUAAAUGUUUACUGUCUGUAAAUAAAUGCAACAAACAUA